GUCAUAAGGCUGUGUAGGAUCGCUUCUGGUAAAACAAUCCAAACAGACAGGUAAGGUCUUUAUAAUAAGAAGGAGAAUGAUAAAAGGUAGGAAAAAGUAAGUUUUUCACUCAAGAAGAUUUGUUUUUUACAAAGCAAUUUAUCAGCUCAGGUAAAAAAAAAAAAAAAAAUCCCAAAGGUAAACGUCUCUCUACACACAGCACGACUCUGAAUAUUGUUGUUACUUUUGUGGUGGUUUGGUUUUAAACUUGGUUACCAGCUGCUAUUAGCUUGUCUCCAACAACAUGAAGACUGAAGACAAACUGCAGAUAGGAAAAUUCCUUUUUAUGCUGAUCAACUCCUUUUUUGUGGUCCUUGGUAUCAGCCUGUUCGGAUCAUCUCUAUGGAUCUUAUUCGACACAAGCAGUGUCAUAACUGUUUUAAGCAAUGAGUCGGACGUCAAGGUGGCAGCCGGAGGGCUGUUUGUUAUCGGUCUGUUGGUUGUCGGUGUCUCCGUGUUGGGCUGCAUCGGAGUCCAUAUAGAAAACAGAUGUUUCAUUGCAAUUUACAUGGGCUUUUUAAUUGCCAUCAUUUUUGGUGAACUUUUCAUCACUUUCUUGCUAUUGCUUAAAAAGAGUCAAAUUGAAAAGUUUUUGGCUGAAAGUGUAGAUGCCAUCAUCGGCAAGUACGGGGUUAACGAUACACAAUCCACCUGGAGUCUUCUGGACAGGGUGCAGCAGUCUGCAAAAUGCUGUGGCAGACAGAAUGCCAGCGACUGGGAGACAAACAAAUUUAUUCAGCUCCAGAACACGUCUAAUAUUUAUCCCUGUUCUUGCUUUAACGGGAGCUGCCCUGUAUUCAUGGCUGGGGAGAUAUUCCAGUUUGGAAAUGGUACUCAUAUCUACACAACGGGCUGUGAGAAGAAACUAAAGGACUGGUUUGAACAGAAUGUAUUUGUGAUCAUAGGCAUGGCCCUUGCUCUCCUAAUCAUUCAGAUCCUGCAGUUUGUUCUGGGAAUACAUAUCUUCCGGAACAUUGUUCUUAAGAUUAAAGAUAAGCAGCCUGAAAAUCUCCUCGAUGAAAUGGAAGAAAACCCAACAUCAAAUUCUGACCCACAACACAGUGAUCUGGACUAUCAGCAUCUGGAUUACACACACAAGCCGACUCACGAUGCUUAUAAUCAAGGACUUCCUGGACAGAGUUUUUACCAGGAUCCUGAUCCUCAGCUUCAACAUCGACACAACGUUCAUGCAUACGACCAGAGACAGAACGAUGAGUACCCAGACGUCAGACAGAGUUACGAUCCGUACGAAAGCCAAAUUUAUCAGCAGCAUCGUGGCUCUGAGCACAACCGUUACAUCUAUAACCAGAAUCUAGAAGACGGUUCUAAACAGCAGUAUAACGAUGUGAGUUAUGACCAGUUUCAUGAGCGUGACCUGCAGCACAGACAGAACUAUAACGGCAAUUACAAUCGCCGUUAUGUUCAUGAUGACGACAUAACUUACUAGUCAACUCCAACAUUAUUGGCAAAAAUUGACACAAUAAUUAAAAAUAUUCCAACAACGAAACUAAAGAAAAUAGGAACAAAAUAACAUUUGUUUAAUUUUUUUUUUCCGAAACAGAGACAUAAACAUUAUUUACACUAUUACAAAAUAUUCCAAAAUUUUAAAAACAUUUACAAUAUAUAUAUUUUUUCUUUCUCCAUUGACCAAACACUAUUGCUGUUUUUAUAUGUUUGAAAAACAUGUGCAAUGUUCUUUGCUGUAGAAUCUCUCACAUUAACUGCGAUGUAGCUCACGCUACUCCUAGACUAUAGAGUCCAUCUGAUAACAUCCAAUAAAUAUGCUCAUGCGACCUAUAAAUUCAUAUUAUAGGUCAAAGUCUGUGCAUUUUCUAGAGGGGUGCCAAUACUUUUAAUGGUUGACUGUACGUCUCAUAAGCCGUCAGAUAAGCCUGAUAUUUUUCAGAAGAUUAGAAAGCAUGCUUUUUUUUUUUUUAAACAGGAUAUUUUAUUUAUAAUACUGUAUAACGAUUUGAUAAACAUUUGUAACAUAACAUUAUAACAGCAUUUGCUUAUUGACAGGAUAUUGUUAAGGAUAUGAAGAUGAAUUAGUGGGAUAGAAAAAAUUUCGAGUCCAUUUUCCGUUAGCUCGAUGGUUAGCCUACUGCUUACUGAUGAUUGAAUCCAGCUCUAUAGACUAGACAGCUAUGAGUGUGAUGUAUAAUGAAAAUAUAUAUAUAUAUAUAUUUAUAUAUAUCAGCAGGAUAAACACUGGCAAGUUUUACUGAUCAAGUAAGUUGGAAAGAAAAUAAAUACUGUUUAUAGAGUUAACGUUGGAAAAUGAUACACAUGACUCAUACGAUCCACUUCUGUCAUAGUAACCAAUAAAUAAUUUAUACAAAAAAAACCAAAAAACAUCACAUGCCACGUACCCUUUGGCUCAAUGGCAACUUUGGCAUGAUAUUUGGAUCUUGUUGUGACAUCAAACAGACACUUUUGUGAGUCACAGAGUUAUAUUCCCCCACUCGGUGCUCCAGUCUGACUCAGGAAGUGAUGCUGGAAUCAUAUGGUGUUGAUCAGCGGUGUCUGGAUUGUGAGUGCCCAGGCUAUAUGUGUGUCUGUUGUGUAUCUGUGCUGUUCAGAUCUGAGUUGGUGUGCAGAGAGUGGGCUUAGACCGGAGUAUGACUAAUAACACCAUAAAAAGCGGUGUGUCUGUGUGCUCAUGAGAGACGUCUUUGUUAAAGCCCCUCCGCGGUUGAUGAUAGCCAGUCUGCCAUUACUGACCUCAUAUAUCGCGAGCCGGAGGUCACGCUUUAUGACAAUACUGGACAGCAGUGGCAUUGUUAAUUUAAGCGAGAGAGAGUUGAUGAGUUCUGGGGGACAAAAGAGCUUCAGACUUCCUCCACCUAAACCUGAAUGGGCAGCAAAUUGCCUUGUCUAAUACUGGCACUCAAACUGUGAGUCAGGAAGAAAAUUGCUCAGCACAAUAUUUAUAAAGAUGCUGGAUGUUUAAUAUGGCUUUGUCAACUGUGUACACUUUAUCAAUCUUUGCUACGAUACAUUUUCAGUAGAAAAUUCUGUUAUCCGCUACAUCGCCUACUGUACGCUGUAAUCCGGGACAGCUGCUGUACGGAUAAACCCAUCUUCAGAAGCCGAGCGAAACAGACACACAAAGUAAGAAUCGAAUUAUGGGAUGUGACUCAGAUCCAUCAUGUGGCCCCGAUUCUCAUGCACUUUGACUCUCUGCUUAUUGUCAGGAAAACAGUCAGCUCUUUCUCCUCCUGCUUUAGAGAUAAGUGUGUUUAUUAGUAGCAGAGUCGGGAAUUGUUUUUCCGUCUUUUAAAAUGAUUACUUGUCACACGGUAUUAAAUGAUCCCAAUGCAAAUUCGUACAAAUACGAAAAUGAAGUUCCCUUCUAAAGGAAAUUACUACACGAGCUCACGUCGAUGCUUACAUCGUCGAUCUGGGCUUGUGCAGAAAACAGGUACAGAAACAUUCUUCAACAGGAGCUUGAGGUAAUACGGAGAUUCAUUUUUUCAGUCUGUUAGCGUGGUUUCUUUACAUUUUGUCUUGUCAGUUUAGUGUAAUUCUGUGCCGUUCUCCCAUUGCUGGCUUUUUUAUAAGUAUCGUAGCAGCACUUAUAAAAAUAUUUGGGAUAAUGUCAUGACGGCAUUAAAUAUGCCUCAGAAUUCAGUGAGCAUUGAUCAUCAAUUCAUGACCAGUGACGAAAAAAAAGAAAAAAAAAGGCAAAUAUCAUACAGUGUAAAGCCAAAUUGUGGAGCUACAGUACCAAACCAAGUGUUUUGUUAACACUUCACUUUGUCUAUUUGUGUUAGAAUUGCUCAUUUUUAAGCACAUUUAUAUUAAGGAGUGAAUGGAUUGUGGACGAAAACCUGACCAAUGGUAAGCAGCCAAAAUGUGUUCAUGGAAAAUGGCAAAAUGCCUCAAAUUUGGCUAAUGCUUUAAAUGUAAUGGGCUUAAAGUGGUCCAGCUGUAAGCAUACAGUAUAAUCACAGUGGAGGUAUCGCUGUAUUCUGGCCAUGAGAUUUGGACGUGUUUGGAUCACCGCCAUACCUCAGGAAUUUUAGCGGCAGAUGAAGUGGUAAGAGUGGGCUGGCUUUUUUUUGCUUUGUAAAGGACGUACUUUUGGAGUGGGCCAGCUCAUACAAUUGUUGCAUUUCAGUAUGACCACCAGAAACAAUUACAACCCGCAUGCAAGAUGACCUUGACUUUACUAACAAGAGUGUGUUGCCUCUUACCACGCUUCCCACACAAACAAACACAUGCCUGUAAUAAACAAUGCAACCGUUACCACCACUGUACCUCUCACACCCACGUUUGGUGACACUCUGCCCUGUCCGCAAAGAAAUCCUAAAAUGCUCAUGAAUGAGUUGUAAUCUGCGACGGAUCUUUCAUCCGCCAUCCAGUGCUCCGGACCAUGCAUACCGCCAGGACAAGUACGCCCACUGUUCUGCUGCAGUGCCGUGCCGCAACAUGGAUGAAGCCUCUGCACUGCAACACAAAAAAGCCAUUUGUCCUCCAAAAUAAGGCCUGCAGCACCAGCAGUCAGCCUCAAAGAAACGGACCUGCCGCAGGCAUCGCAGCGGUUGCGCCUCUGCCGUGACCACUUCUUCAAAAGAGCUGUGCUUCCUGUUCCGGCCAAACCACUAAAUCACCAAAGCGUUCCACCCGACUGUUUUCAAGCAUGCCUUCUUGUUUGUGCAAUCCAGCAGAGGCACAUUGAUUUACUAUCUAUUUUGCAGCUGGAGAGUCCGACGCUGGGGGCGGAAGAGUUUAGGAUUCUUGCGAGUGAGGUCAUUGUUGGAUACUCAUCAAACACAUGGCUAACUGUUUAGUGUACAACUUUACAGCCAAAAAAGAGGCUGGGUAAGAGCAGUCGCUCCUGGGACUGUGUUCAACGCCCUUCUUUAUGUACUUCAUAUAUCCGAAGAAUGCCAUCGAAUACUUUAGGUGCGGCGGGUUAAACUCCCGUGUCCUCAAGCGCCAGCUGCGCCCUGAAGGGAAGGUAACACGAACAAAGUGAGGCGUUUUUUUUUUUUGUGUCAUCUCUUGUUUACAAAACAAAAACAAACGCUUGGUUUGUUGUUACUUAAAGCAGCGACAUAUGUAGUGUUAUACUGUGGUGGUCUAAGAAGAAGCCUUCGUACCUGUAUUGGUUAUUUAAGGCACAUGAGUCACUGUUGUUGGGUGACACUUCUACACUGGCUUCAGGGUCACUUUGUGGCUCCGUGUCACUCGUCUCUUCACAUCCCCGUUGUCCCCGUUGUGCACAGCACAUUCUUCGACGAAGAACCUACAAGAUCAAGAAAUAUAAAGCUCUAUUGCACAUGUAUACAGGUACUGUUAAUGUAAACAAUAUCCAAAGUCAUGUCCAGGUGAAAACUGUACACUGGAAUUUCAUUCUACCAGCGGAAUGACUUAUACAGUAGGACGUUUUCAUUCAGUAUAAAGAAAUGAAUGAUUUUAUCUCCAUAAGUGUGAUCUAAAAGGAGUCAGAACUUUUUCCCUCUGUUGAUAACCUUGAAGGUUAUGAACAAGGACUUGGAGCAUCUCAGAGAGCAGAAAUGGGUUUAAUAUCAACAUUUAUUAUACAGACGAAAACAUUUAUUUGAAAAAAAAAAAGCUUCUCUACGGAGAUAGUUCUCUUAGUAGGCUAGAUAAAAACAGAAAUCCAUCAGAAACACUACAAAUUCUAUAAAAUUCUUUUAUAUGCGCUCCAUACUAACACCACUGUGGAGUGAGACAUGACAAAGACACUCAAUGAUAAACAUGGACACAACAAAACAUUCUGAAUGAAAUUAAUUUUUUUUGGCCUCUGGGAAAAAUAGGGGGAAAAAACAUCCUCCAAAGUGGUACAAAUUUUAAAAAUAUGUCUCUAAAAUAAAUCUAUUCCAUACUGAAA